UGCCUGUCCCAGGCCAUGCGCUUCGCCGUGGAGGAGAUAAACAACUCCAGCACCCUCCUCCCCAAUGUCACCUUGGGCUACGACAUCCACGACACCUGGUCAGAGCCCGCCAAUCUCCAUGCCACACUGCAUGCCCUCGCCCGGAAAGGCGGGCGGGAGGUUGAGGUGCUCCCCACCUUCCACCACUAUGAGCCCGAGGCGGUGGCCAUCAUUGGACCUGACAGCACCCAGCUGGCCCUUACCACAGCAGCUGUCCUUGGCGUCUUCCUCGUGCCACAGAUUAGCUAUGAAGCCUCCUUGGAGAUGCUGAGCCUGAAGCGGUUCUACCCCUCGUUCCUGCGCACCAUUCCCAGCGACAGGCAGCAAGUGAAGGCCAUCUUCCUGCUGCUGCAGCAGUUUGAGUGGACUUGGGUCACGCUGCUGGGCAGCGACAACGCCUACGGCAGGGACAGCUUGGAUGCCCUCUACAAGCUGCUGACCGCAAGCGAUGUGUGCGUUGCCUACCGAGGCAUCAUCCCUGUCAACAAGGAUGCCAGCAGCCCGGAGCUCCACAACCUGGUCAGAAUCCUCACAGAUGUCAGGGUCAACGUCACUGUUGUAUUCUCUGACAGCCAAAGCGCACGCCCUUUCUUUGAGGUGGUGGUCCAGAGGAAUGUCACAGGCAUGGUGUGGGUGGGCUCUGAAGAUUGGUCGUUAGCCCAAGCAAUCUGGCAGGUGCCUGGCAUCCAGAGUAUUGGCUCGGUGAUUGGGAUGUCGGUUGAGAAGACAGAGUCCAUGAUGCUGGAACGCUUUGAUUCUUGGAAGACAGCAGAGGAAAGUGCUGUGGCUGAAUGUGCGGGCAGCAUGGAGGCAGGAGGGAGAAUUGGAGGGAGCACCCAGUGCUGCGCUGGCUGCUGCUCGCUCACCACUGCCCCUGACAUGUAUGAUGCUCGAGCCUCCUUCAGCGUGUACUCAGCCGUGUAUGCUGUGGCUCACGGCCUCCACGACCUGCUCGGCUGCGCCUCGGGGGCGUGCAGCAAAGGCACAGUCUAUCCCUGGCAGCUUCUACAAAAAAUCAAGCAAGUAAACUUCACCCUGUACAAGAGCCACAUCUCUUUUGAUGCCAAUGGGGACAUUUGUAAAGGCUAUGACAUCAUCAUGUGGAACUGGAGCGGCCCGAGCUGGGCUUUUGACUUGAUAGGAACUUUCAGUGUGAACCCCGACAGGCUGAGCAUUGACCAGGGCAAAAUUGUGUGGCACACAAAAGAUCCACAGGCCUGUCACCGAGGGGAGAAGCGGCUGCAGCGGAGCCACCACAGAUGCUGCUUCAGUUGCGUGGCCUGUCCCUCAGGAACCUUCCUGAACAGAUCAGACCUCUACAGCUGCCAGCCCUGCGGGAUAGAUGAGUGGGCCCCGGCGAGAAGCGAAGCUUGCUUCAACCGCACCAUUGAGUUUCUGUCCUGGUUUGAGCCCAUCUCCUGCGCGCUGCUGACCCCCACCAUCCUCCUCAUGCUGCUCAUGGCAGGGCUGGCCAUCCUCUUCAUGAUGAAUGCCUCCACGCCAGUGUCCACGCCGGUGGUCAAGUCUGCAGGCGGGAAGAUGUGCUUCCUCAUGCUGGGUGCUCUAGCCUGCGCCUGCAGCAGCAUCUUCUGCUACUUCGGGGAGCCCACUCGGCAUGCGUGCCUGCUGCGGCUCCCCCUUUUUGCCAUCGGCUUCACCGUCUUCCUCUCGUGCGUGGCAACUCGCUCCUUCCAGCUCAUCUGCAUCUUCAAGCUGAACGUGCGCUGGCCGGCCCUCUACGAUGCCUGGCUGCGGC